GGCUGAUAAGGUGUGAGCUGUCAUGGGGGUGUCGUGUGCACCUUUCCACUCACGUUGCAGGGGCAGCCCUGUGAGGGGGUGCCCUUCCAACUCCCACCCCUACCACCACCACUAACACGGUCCCAGCAAGAACAGGCCAUCCAAACACACACACACACACUUACACACAUCUAAUAGCUGACUGGCAGGGAGGGUGCUGCAGGAGCAACAAGUUCUGUUUAUGUGUGUGUGUGUGUGUCCAUGUUAUUAGGUGUCUGCAGUUCUAAUAAAGGAAAGAGCUGUGUCCUCUGCCUCAUCAGAUCGCUUUGCUCUGCUUUGUCUGUCUCGUUUCUAUCUGUCCGUCCUGCAGUGGAGUUGGAAGACUUGCAGCCUCUGGAUCAUCUGGUUCAGGAAAGGAUCUCAUCGAUGCUUCAGUGAUCUGCUCUUUCUUACCGGAGUGUUUGAGACCAAGCCUAUAGGAGACCUGAGAAACAAGUGUUUUUUCAUGUGUCUUUGACCUGUCUUCUAGCGUGAAUACAUAUUAGACAGAGUGUAUGGUGUUGCCAAUGCCACUGGAAAUGCUGGGGUGUCCAGGGAGGUUAUUUUUGGAUUAGUGACAGCGCGUCAAUGGCUGCAGAUGCAUCGCAAAGGAAGGCUCUGAGAUACCAGCAGACCCUGCUGUACGGCGAGUACAGGGAGCAGCUGGGGAACUUUGCCCGCCGGGAGGCCGCCCGUUUGCUGACAGAGAGACAAUGGAGACGACAAGCAGAGGAGAACACCGGAGGCCGCAGAGGCCUCGGCCGGCGACAUCAUCAUCACCAUCAUCACCAUCAGAACYCUGCGGUCCUGGAGUCAAGCUCCUCCACCAACAAGCCCCGUCCUUACUCCAAAUGUCAAGAUUGUUUGGCUCGAGUGAGGCGCUACAUCGUGACAAAGAUGGGAGAGGACUGGAUUUUUCUGGUUCUGCUGGGGCUGACUAUGGCUCUGGUCAGCUGGAGUAUGGACUACGCCAGUGCCAAGAGUUUACAAGCCUACAAGUGGAUUCAUGGAGAGCUUAGAGGCAACGUGCCCCUCCAAUACCUCGCCUGGGUUACAUAUCCCAUAAUCCUGGUUGUUUUCGCGUCACUCUUCUGUCACCUGGUUUCUCCACAAGCUAUUGGUUCUGGUAUUCCAGAGCUGAAAACCAUCCUGAGAGGCGUAGUCCUAAAGGAGUACUUGACCCUCAAAGCUUUCGUAGCUAAAGUCAUUGGUCUGACUGCUGCCCUUGGCAGUGGGAUGCCAGUGGGCAAAGAGGGCCCAUUUGUCCACAUUGCCAGUAUAUGUGCUGCAGUACUGAGUCGAUUCAUGUCCAUCUUCUCUGGAGUCUACGAGAACCCUUAUGGGUACACAGACAUACUGACUGUCGGCUGUGCCGUGGGGGUGGGAUGCUGUUUCGGCACUCCACUAGGAGGAGUGCUGUUCAGUAUCGAGGUCACGUCUACCUACUUUGCUGUGAGGAAUUACUGGCGGGGAUACUUUGCUGCCACAUUCAGCGCCUUCAUAUUCAGGGUGCUCUCUGUUUGGAACAAGGAUGCUGUCACAAUCACAGCUUUAUUCAAAACAAACUUUCGGAUGGAUUUCCCCUUCGACCUGCAGGAGCUCCCUGCGUUUGCAAUAAUAGGGAUCUCAUGUGGCUUCUUGGGAGCGUUCUUUGUUUACCUGAACAGACAGGUGGUUCUUUUUAUGAGGAGACCGACGGUUCUCACUCGCUUUCUAACCAAACAUCGCUUGAUCUAUCCAGGUGCAGUGACUCUGAUCAUCGCCACCUUCACGUUCCCCCCUGGGUUUGGGCAGUUUAUGGCUGGAGAGCUGAUGCCCAGAGAGUGCAUCAAUUCCCUGUUCGACAAUUUCACCUGGACUAAAAUCUCAGUGCCCGCAGCUCCCCCUGGCCUUGGCCGCUCCUCUGCUUGGCUUCACCCUAAUGUCAGCGUCUUCGUCAUCCUCCUCCUCUUCUUCAUCAUGAAGUUCUGGAUGUCAGCAGUUUCCACCACGAUGCCGAUCCCCUCCGGCGCUUUCAUGCCCGUCUUCAUUCUGGGAGCUGCUUUCGGUCGACUCGUCGGGGAGAUCAUGGCCACUCUGUUCCCGAACGGAAUUCUGUUUGAUGGGAUAGUUUACCGCAUCCUGCCGGGAGGUUACGCCGUCAUCGGUGCAGCGGCGAUGACGGGUGCGGUCACGCACACGGUUUCCACAGCUGUAAUCUGCUUCGAGUUGACGGGUCAAAUAUCCCACAUCCUGCCCAUGAUGGUGGCRGUCAUCCUGGCCAACAUGGUGGCUCAGGGUCUGCAGCCUUCUCUCUAUGACUCCAUCAUCCAGGUGAAGAAACUGCCCUACCUGCCUGAGCUGGCUCUCGGACACAUCAGCAAGUACAACAUCUUUGUGGAGGACAUCAUGGUGCGCAAAGUGAAAUUCUUGUCCUCCCAAUCCACCUUCCGGGAAAUAAACCACCUGUUAGAGAACACGACCCUGAAAACCAUCCCGCUCGUCGACACCAAAGAAUCCAUGAUUCUUCUGGGCUCAAUAGAGAGGACGGAGCUUCAGGCCGUCUYAGACUGGUGGCUCUCUGCAGAAAGGCGAGUCUUUGAAAGAGAUCAGAGUUCACCGGACCAAGGCUCCAAAAUCAGCUGGGAGUCCUUCACUUUCGUAGAUGAGGAUGAAGAUGAUAAUCCUGAUAAGCAGGAGGAAUGCAACGGACCCAUCUCAGCCCCCAGCCCUCAGGAGCCCUCCACCAACCACACAGGGUCAAGUAACACAGCUCCUCCUUCGCACGUCACCUCAGGUUCGCCCGUCAGAUGUCAGUCUGUCUCCUCUGACAUGUGUUGCCGCGUCGUGUUCUCAGACAAACGCAAGCAGCCGUCUGUCAGGCGGACUCUUCAGCGACUCUUUUCCUCCUCGUCUUCGACAGGCCCGACAGAAACUCAGGAAGCAUUGCCUCCGCCGCUAGCUGACACCAUGUCCCCCGAGGAGAUCAAAGCCUGGGAGGAGGUAGAGCUGGACAAGCCGGUGGAUUUGGAGCAGAUCCACAUCGACCCAUCUCCGUUUCAGCUGGUGGAGAGAACAUCUCUGCAUAAGACCCACACUCUGUUCUCCCUGCUGGGUCUCAGCCACGCCUACGUCACCAGCAUCGGGAAGCUGGUGGGAGUCGUGGCGCUGAAAGAGCUCCAGAAGGCGAUCGAGGGCUCGACUCGCAGCGGGGUGAGGCUCCGUCCACCUCUGGCCAGCUUCAGAGACGCCAGCAGGAAAACCAAGAAGCACCCGCCCCCCUCGUCCGCCGCCUCCUCACCCACGCGGGACAGAGACCUGUGGGGAGAGGGGAGCAGAAGGGAAAGCGAGCUGCUGAGGAGGGAGUCCARGGAUGAUUCCUGGGGAAAGACUCCGUCUUUUAGAGGAGCUCCUGGGUUUGAGACGGCUCCCUCCUCUCCCGGCAGCUCUGCCAAUGCCAGAGGAGAAGAGGGGGACCCUCAGGAGGCGGCGUCCCCCUCCACCUCCUCCCCUACCUCGUCUUCACCCCCUGCCUCCCCUGUGACACACACCAGCCCUGUCCUGACGCUGUCCUCCCUGCAGGAGGAGCGGGAGAGCGAGGAGUCCGAUGAGCCUUUAUAAGAGGGACCGGGGUUCUGGUUUUGAUUUGACUCCUUUUGCCCGGAGACAGAGCCGCAGUCUGGGAGGAGGAGUCGGGCCUCCUGCAGCCCCCUCACAGACUCUCAGCCGGCAGGAUCAGCUGCUUAACACAAAGCUCUUAAAACCUUUAGUCCAGGAUAGUUUUUUUUUCUAUUUUCUCAAGAGUCUCACCUUUGUUUUGUUUUUUUAAAUCUCAGGUGCCUUUCUGUCUCUCCUGAACUGCAGACAGCUUCAUCCAGUCCUGAUGUUCUGUCUCCACACGCGCCUGAGCUGAAUGAUCAAUAUAAGAAUCAAAAUCAGUCACUUUCAUUGAUUACAAGUGAGCUUCUGACAGCAAUGACCUGUACAUCAUGAAAUGAUACUGACUCAUUUGGCCUAAAGGUCACACAUUUUAAGCAUUUCAAGUUUACUGAUUGAAGCGACUUUAAAAUAAGAAUUUAAAUGAAUCAAAUAUCACUUGUAUAAAUAAUAUUUAAAUCAUCAAUACUUGUUUGUAAUUUUUAAAAAAUCAAUAAAUUUCUAUCUUGUCUAUUAACUUA